CAGUCUGUGAAAGGAGGGAGUGAUGGGAAGUUUCAAUCUCAGCUUAGAAGGUUUCCUGUUGGUAGGCUUCUCAGACUGGCCUCAACUGGAACUUAUCCUCCUGGUCUUCAUUUCGAUUUUCUACUCUCUUACCCUCUGUGGCAACAUCACCAUUAUUGUUCUCACUCAACAAGACCUUCAUCUGCACACACCCAUGUACUUCUUCCUUGCCCACCUCUCCUUCCUGGACCUCUGCUUCACCAGUAGCACUGUGCCCAAACUUCUAAUCAGUCUUUCCCGAGGUGAUCAGACUAUCAGCUAUGCUGGGUGCAUGACCCAGUUCUUCAUAGCACUCUUACUGGGUGGAACUGAGUGUGUGCUCCUUGUGGUGAUGGCUUUCGACCGCUAUGUCGCUGUGUGUCGUCCACUACACUACACCAGCAUUAUGCACCCCCUUCUCUGCCAUGCAUUGGCCAUCUCCUCCUGGGUGGGAGGCCUUGUGAACUCUCUGACUCAGACAAGUCUCAUCAUGACCAUACCUCUCUGUGGCCAUCACCUGAACCACUUCUUCUGUGAGAUGCUUGUUCUCCUGAAGCUGGCUUGUGAGGACACAGUGGGAACAGAGACCUACUUGUUUUGGGCUGGAGCUGUAAUUUUGGUCUGUCCUGUAGCACUAAUUCUAGGCACCUAUGCACACAUUGCUCAUGCAGUGUUGAAGAUCAAGUCAAGAUCUGGGCGCAGAAAGGCUCUGGGAACUUGUGGGUCCCACCUUACUGUGGUUUUUCUUUUUUAUGGCUCAGCCAUGUACACGUAUCUCCAGCCUAUCCACACGUAUUCUGGUAGUGAAGGGAAGUUUGCUGCCCUCUUUUAUACUAUCAUUACUCCAAUGCUGAACCCUCUGAUUUAUACCCUAAGAAACAAGGAUGUAAAGGGGGCUCUGUGCAAGGUACUUGUAAAAGGAAAAAAGGAGACUAAGACUAGAAGAAAGAUGGUUGAAUAAAUUAUUGUAUAUCUCUCACACAGUCGAGAAUUCUGUGCCCAACACACUUUCCCUU